AUGGAUGAUCAAGGCUUUGAACAACACUACGCGGCUGCCGAUUCGAACAGUUCGACGCCCGCGAAAAGUUUCGUGGCCUGUAGAGUUUGCGGUGACAAGGCGAGCGGUUAUCACUACGGCGUGACCAGCUGCGAGGGUUGCAAAGGCUUCUUCAGGAGAAGUAUUCAAAAGCAAAUAGAAUACAGGUGCCUGAAGGACGGCAACUGUUUGGUCAUCAGAAUAAGUCGGAAUCGCUGCCAGUACUGCAGAUUCAAGAAGUGCCUAGCUGUCGGCAUGUCCAGGGAUUCCGUUAGGUACGGCAGGGUGCCGAAACGUUCGAGAGAACGCGGCCCCGAAGACACAGUGCCGACCACGACCACGACCACUACCACCACCGACGUGCAACAGCUCACGUCUCCUGCUGGUGGCAACAACAACAACAACAACAAUACCACCACCAGCAACAACAACAACAACAACACCAGCAGUCAAAACAACAACAACAACAACAACAACAACCAGGCACAGAACGCUAUACCGUGCGUGCCGCCGGCUGCGGUGGUGGAGGCGGAUCAGUCAGACGCGGACGUGAAACAGUUGGCGGUUUACGACGUGAUACUUCAAGUAUCUCAGGCGCAUCACGCUCACUGUGGCUUCACCGAGGAGUCAACGAGGGGCAUCGUCCGGAAACCGAUGAUAAUACCGCCCGCCAGUCCAGAGGACCCAGAGGCGGCAUCCUCGACAGCUGAAACAGUUGAAUCGCAAAGGAUCUGGCUUUGGCAACAAUUCGCCACCAGGAUAACGCCAUCGGUGCAAAGGGUGGUGGAGUUUGCCAAAAGGGUGCCAGGAUUUUGUGAUCUUUCGCAGGACGAUCAACUGAUCCUGAUUAAGGUCGGUUUCUUUGAAGUCUGGCUAAGCCAUAUCUCGAAGAUGACCACUGACAGCUCGAUGACAUUCGAGGAUGGUACUUAUAUCACUAGGCAGCAAAUGGAAUUGAUGUACGAGCCAGACUUUGUGUCCGCUUUGAUGCAAUUCACAUCGGCCUUGAACGCCCACCAACUAUCGGACACCGAAUUGGGCCUUUUCUCCGGUGCCGUUCUUCUGGGCGAGAGGCCGGGUCUGAACGACGUGAAAGCGGUGCAGAGGCUUCAGGAUCGCCUGCUGGAAGCGCUGAAGGUGCAAGCGUUACGAAAUCACACGGUUUCCGGCGAGGCAACAUCCGCGGGUGGUUGUUCCGGUGUCUCGAGCGUCUCACAAAGGAUACCGGAGUUAAGGGCCCUGGGUGCCAGACACGCGAAUCUCCUCGACUGGUUCAGAAGGAACUGGACCAAGCUCAAAUUGCCACCGCUGUUCGCCGAGAUAUUCGACAUUCCUAAGUGCGAGGAAGAUCUUCAGUGAAGAGAAUGUUUCAGAGUACAUCGAGUUAAUUCGACGAGAACGAACGAACGAACGAACGGCCCUGCCGGAUGAGUCUUUCUAAUUGCCGGUGUUCAUCGCACAAACGCAGCUUGGACCUCGAGGACGAUUUUGUUUUUCGCUGGUUGGCCGGUUGGCGACUGAUUCGAUUCGAUUCGACUCUUGGAAACGCGCCGAGGAGGAUCCUGGCAAAGGCGAGAUGGCGGCUCUGACUUUACGCGAUCCAUCGCGCAGGCCAGCAGAACGGCAAAAGGUUUACAGAUUGCCGAUCGAAAACAACACUCUUGACACGAUACACGGGGAGAAGAAGAUUUAUUCGAUUAAAGAUAGUUGUACAAUCGAUAAUUACGUAUAUAUAUAUAUAUAUAUAUAUGUAUAUGUAUAUGUAUAUGUAUAUGUAUAUGUAUAUGUAUAUACGACGAAUGGUUAACUUUUAAAAAGUUACUAGAUUUAAAAAAAAUGAAAAGAACGAAAGGAAAAUACUCUUUUUCCUCGAGAAUGUAGUUACUAACGACGAUUAGCCCCACCUUCGAUUGUUCUAAAUCGUGCAAGGGUAGACAGAGAGUGUGAAACAUGGGGGGGAGGGGGGGGUGAUUUUCACGUAGAAAAGGGAUUCGUAUCAUUCACUGUUCCAACCGAAAGCAUUUUAAAUACUCAGACACUCGGCGAUGAAGGGAAUCAAGUACCGUGGUACGACGGUGGUCUCGCGCAUAUCGUUGAUUGCAAUAAAGCGACGCAGUGAUCGAACACGCGUCGCGUCGAUAAGAUAUAUAGCACAAAAAGCGGUGAUCACUUUACAAGGCACAGUUUAUUUAUUACGGUUUUUAUCCAGUAAAAAUUAAUUCUUCGAGCGAGUCAUUUCGGGAACGUUGGCUAAUUCGAGGAUUCGUACGAGUCAGUUGGAACGAGACGAGCGAGACGGUGUGUGCAACGACCUGUCGAGGAAAACAGUAAUGGAGAAAUUUCACAGAAUUGAACUUGUAGACAUAUCGAGAACGUAAUAUCGUAUUUUUUUCAUGCAAUCGACACGAGAAUACCGUUUCCGUCGUCCUCUCCAAUGUGAAAACUGUGACUCAAUGAAUAGCUGCACCGUUCGCGAAGGGAAAUAAAUAAAUAAAUAAAUAAAUAAAUAAAUAAAUAAAUAAAUAAAUAAAUAAAUAAAUAAAUAUGGUGGUACGUACAUGUAAAAUGAUACACGCAUGCUGCCAGCCGCAUGCGCGUACAACUUACACACACUUACACACUUAUAUACAUAUACAAAAGUAAAAAAGAAAAAAAAAGUUUCACGCUAUAUAAAAGAAGCUCAAAAAAGGGAAAUCUUUAUAGGACGUAUCUAUCUAGAUGCAUCCGCUACGAAUCUCAAUCUAUGCAAUCUCUAUUUUUAUUACUUGACAAGUAGCAUAGCGAAUUACCUUUAUAGAUAUUGUUGCGUCGCUUCAGGGUUGGCGUCGCGGAAACUGAGAGUUAACACGUUCGAGGUUGUCCUUUCGUUGAGACUUUACAAAAAUUGUCGACGUAAGAUUUUUUAGUGAACAAAUAUCUCGCGUGCGAAAAAUGCGAAGAAAGAAAGAAGAAAGGAAACGAAAAAAAGGGGAAAUGGAAGGAAGAAACAAAGGGGAUGGAUGAAAGGUGUUGAACGUUAUGUUAAUGAUAAUAUAAUAUACUUGUUGCGUUGAACUGUUGUAUUUGUUAUAUCGAUCCACGGCCGAAAAUUGUUUUCCGAUUGUUAUAUCCUGAAGUGAGCAUGUUUGAAUCUUCGAACUCUUGAACACUAAUAAUUCUCUGACAAUGACUAGCAUGUAAUGUGUAUCGAUAUGUAAUUAAUAUACAUAUACAUAUUUAUAUAUACAGUGGUGGAUGAAAGAACAUUUAAAGGGUGAAAUGUUGAACGGUAUAAUUUAUUAAGAAGGAACUAUAUUUUAUAAACAUGGAUCACAGUAUAGUACGAGGAUAUAGACGGUUUGAGGAAGAA